CUCAAUAAAAUAUCUCCUAAAAACCUUAUCUCUAGCUACACCACCCUCACCUAAAAAAAAAGAACGCUGCAAUUAAUCAAUCAUCGCCGCCGACGAUGCAUCACAAUACCAUGACGACCACCACCACCACGAUGCUGCUGCUGCUGCUAAUUGUCAACGGCGCGUGCGGAUUCAGCACUGCGGCGGAGCCACAACAGCAGCAGCAGCAGCAGCUUGGUGGAAGAAGGAGUAGUGGAGAUGCUGGCUGUGAAUACCUUGGGGGGCGCCUUCGCUACGCUGAAGACGAACAACGUACCAGCCACCAAGUGUGGCGGCGAAGAAGGUUUUUACUACUGCCUCGACGGCGUCAACCCCCGACAAAACCACUGUGACCAUCGCAACCGCGAAGAUCGCUGCCACCUACCGUCCUGAAUUACCUUUUCACCUCCGGCCGCCAUCAACUAAUUUUAAUCCUGCUCGCUACUUCUAUAUAUAUAUAUAUACACGUACUUCUCUCUGUACGUACCCAAAUAAUUGUUGCGUUGAUGGAAAGUCUUGUCGGUCGGUCUUAGGAAUUGAGUUCGAUCGGAUCUUUUUCCCUUUUCGAUUUUCACGAUCGUCUGUAUAUUUGUACUCUACAUAUUUGACUCGCCCUAUGUGGCGGUUCGUUGUACAAUAUACUAAAAUGUAUUUCAAUUAGUAUCAAAGAGAGAUGGUGUCAUAAUUUGAGGUAAUUAUGGUUAGAUUUUAAAAGAUGAAUCUUCGAUUUGCCACUGCUCUACGACGGGUUGUUACAAAAUGUAUUUGUUAGUUAAUGUCGAAGAGAAUUUGUGUCUUAAUUUGAGGUGAAUAUGUUGUUGAGUUAAAAAAAAAAUGAACCUUUUGAUUAAGU